AUGUCAGCAAACACCACUGAGGCUUCUUCCAGCGAGCAGUCGCACCUCAUCGUCGUAUCUAACCGUCUGCCGGUGACGCUCACAAGGGGUGAGGACAACAUGUGGUCAGCUAAGCUGAGCUCAGGCGGGCUGGUGGCAGCGCUGAGCGGGCUGAAGAAGGAGACGUCGUUUCGGUGGGUUGGCUGGCCAGGCGGCGACUUCAGUGCAGACGAUCGCGUGAAGAUUGACAGUCUCUUGGGCGAGAACUCUUGCAGCGCAGUGUAUCUCGACGACGAAACAGCCGAGCUUUACUAUAACGGAUUCUCGAACAGUAUCCUGUGGCCGCUGUUCCACUACCACCCCGGCGAGAUCAACUUUGAGGAGGCGGACUGGGAGGCUUUGCCGGACUCGCUGCUGGAGGUGGUGCAGGACGGCGACCUGGUGUGGAUCCACGACUACCACCUGAUGCUGCUGCCGCGGAUGCUGCGGACGAUGCUGGAUGGACGCGGCCUCAAGAGCGUCAAGAUCGGGUGGUUCCUGCACACGCCAUUCCCGAGCUCCGAGCUGUACCGGAUUCUGCCUGGUGUUCUGUCGGCGGACCUGCUAGGGUUCCACACGUAUGACUACGCGCGGCACUUCCUGUCGAGCUGCGCGCGGAUCCUGGGGCUGCAUACGUCACCUGACGUGCACGUAGGCACAUUCCCAAUCGGCAUCGACCCGGACAAGUUCAGCGAGGCACUGGAGACCGACGCAGUCAAGGCGCGGCUGGGGCAUUUUGAGCAGCAGUUCCGCGACACACAGGUGGUGGUAGGCGUGGACCGACUGGACUACAUCAAGGGCGUGCCGCAGAAGCUACUGGCAUUCGAGGAACUGCUGGCACGGCAUCCUGAGUAUGUGGGGCGCGUGGUGCUGGUGCAGGUGGCAGUGCCGUCCCGUGGCGAUGUCGAGGAGUACCAGCAGCUGAUUGUCAGUGUCAGCGAGCUAGUGGGCCGCAUCAACGGGCGGUUCGGCACGGUGGAGUACACGCCGAUCCACUUCCUGCACAAGUCAGUGGACUUCACCGAGCUGGUGUCGCUGUACGCUAUCUCUGAGGUGUGCCUGAUCACAUCGACACGUGAUGGAAUGAACCUUGUGUCAUACGAGUAUGUGGCAUCGCAGCAGAAGCGACAUGGCGUGCUAGUUCUGUCGGAGUUUGCCGGCGCCGCGCAGUCGCUGAACGGAUCGAUCAUCAUUAACUCGUGGAAUAUUGAGGAAGCUCUGUCGAUGUCAGCAGACCAGCGGCUGGCAAACUUCACGACACUGUAUCGGUAUUCAUCGACAAAUUCAAGGCCAGCACCUAAGGCGCGCGUCGUGGUUCUGGACUACGACGGCACGCUGAGCGCAACCAAGAGCAUCCCAGAGUUUGCGCGGCCGUCGCCGCUGACGCUGAAUAUCCUGCGUCGCCUGGCGGCGCUGCCGCACACCUUGGUGUAUGUUGUGUCGGGCCGCAUCCGCGCCCACAUGGCGCGCUGGUUCCAGGGCAUCGAUAUUGGCCUGGUGGCCGAGCACGGUCUGUUCUACCGCCACCCGUCCGCCGCCGGUGCCGUGUCCGGCGAGUCGUCGCCGCACUACACCGAGCGCACCCCAGGCUCGUUCAUUGAGGAGAAGGAGAUUGAUGUCACCUGGCAUUACCGCAACACCGACCCUGAGUUUGGCUCGAUGGCAAGGCAAACGAGCUGCAGAUGA